AUGUCCUGCUACCACAACCGCUCGCCCUCCCCUCUUCCACUAGGCCGACCGUCAGCCGCCUGGCUCCAUUCUCCGUCAUCCUUGCCGCCAAACCACAGUGCCCCUCCUGCACUACACUACACUCAAACUCUGCGCUACCCAUUCCGUAACCUCAAACCUGUCAAGUACGUGUUGCCUCCGCGCCAGUCUCAGUCGUCUAAGCCUGUCCAGAAGCUGGGCCGUAAGCGCGAGCGCGAGCGCGAGACCGAAUCCGCACGGAGUGAGCGUGUACGAGAGGAUACCGAGCCUCGUGGGAUAUGGAGUGAGCAGCGGCGCGAGCAGGGCAAGAGUGAGCGCGGGGUCGCCGAGCUCGAUAGGACCGAGCCAGCAGACAGCAGGAUACGGAGUAAGCGUCGGCGAGAUAAGCAGGAGAGCGAGGGGUUCGAGAUCGACCAGCGCAAGCGUCGGCGCGGGCGUAAUCAUGAGAGCGAGAGCGUCGAGCUGGACAAACGAAGCAAUCCCCAACUCGAGGCGGAGCCCGAGCCCAGCACCGAGUCCAAGUCCAGCACCAACCACAAUACCGCGCGAGGGAACGAGCCUCCUCGGACCUCACGGAGCGAAAUCCAUCCGACGCCAGGAGUCAUCCUCCGCAUCCCCCGCUUCGCCAACCUACCUUACCAACCCAUAAACCUCCACCCACCGGCCCCCCUAGCCUACUCAGGUCUGGCUCCUCUACCCAAUUCCGCCCACAAGUCUCCUCAGCCCAGCCAGUCCUCUCAACCCAUCCCACCUACUCAACCCUCCCGCAGCACAACCCACUCUCCCCCUCCUGGUCCCCGCCCGUUUCCCGAUUUUGUACGUUUCCUCGUUCCCCCUCGUCCCGUCUCUAUCAUCGAGAUCCGGCGCACGCCAACACCCCCACCACUUCCGACUUGGCCUGAGGUGGGAUGGCUCAACCCUCUCCUCCCUCCCCAGCGGUCACGGCGGCGUGGAAAGAGCGUAGAAGAGUUCCGCGCGUUCGUGAAGCGCACGAAUGAAGCGAUUCAAUUGGAAGUGAGUUCGGGCGGAUUGGGCACGAGAGAUAUGCCCAAUAUGGCACCGUUCUCGCAAUUGAUACUCCGCCCUCACAAGCAGAGGCACCAUCAAAAGAGCCCGCCAGUACCACUCAACCCGAGCAAGUUGAAGUCCGAUUACUCAGCCUGCAACCUGGGCGGACAUUUCUUCAUUGGUCGGUCCGACCGGCCACCCUAUGCUUUCUGCACUGUCCCGCCGUUCAUUGCACCACGCAGAAACUUGCGUUGGAUCAUGAAGGGCGAGGUGAUCGAAAGCGAAUACGUCGCCGAGACUGGGGCGAGUAACAUGAAGGUCAAGAUUCCUGAGAAGGUCAAGAUUCCUGAGAAGGUCAUGGCUGUAAAUGACAAGGAUAAGUGGAAGUGCCGAUUCUGGGCGUGA